GGGCGGAAAGACGUAGGCAAAGAGAGAGAGGAUAAGGGUGGGAGUGGGUUGAGGGGUGACUAGGGAAAGGGGAAGAACUCCACAAGAACAUUUGCCUUUUUGCGUGAGAGGUCCAGCUUCAACUAGCUGUGCUGAAGAGCAGGACAGAGUGACCAGCAGUUGAAGCAGAGCUAAAGGAACGAAAUAAAGGUGACAGAAGUGUGAGCUAAAACCUCUGCACUGCUUCAUAUAAGAAUCGAGAAGAGGGGAAGUGAGUUUACGGUGCAUUGCAGCAAUUCAGUGUGUGGGAUUGCCCUGCUGAGAGGUGACCAUGUGUAGGAGGGGGUUCUGUUUCUACCUGCUGCUGCUGCUCUUCGCUUGUACUGCUCUCUGUCAGAGACAGAGCUACGCUAAGCCUCAGCAGCUGCUGGACAGUGGUGACGAGGACGACGAGCAGAACUCCGUGGCCAUCAACGUCCUGCCCGAGGUCCGGCACGUCCGGCUUGCACGACCUGCAGCCCUGGCUCCCAAAAGAGCAGCUCAGGGCUCUCGCUUUGCCCUGUCCCUCGACGUGCCCACCUCCAUCCUGAGCGUCCUCAUAGACCUAGCUAAGAACCACGACAUGAGGGCCAAAGCUGCGGCCAAUGCUGAGCUGAUGGCACGCAUUGGCAAGAGAAAAUAGGUGCUGGGCUCGAGAUGGACUGAGACCAUCAGGGAGGGCCUAUCCAGGGGCAAAGAGAAGCCAAGAGGCUCAAGCUCAGUCUCAAAUGGCUCCCCACUCCUUACACAGUGCACUAUACAACCUACACUACCAUUGAAAAAGUUUGGACUGAAUGUUUUCAAUGAUAUAAAACCAAUAUUGUUGCAGAAAUGGGAGCCAUCUGUGACUGAGAGAUAUGCAGUCCACUGACAAAUAAUAAACUUAGAAUACUCUGACUAAAAUGUUCUCCAAUUUGUUUUUCUUUGCUAACUUACUUUUAACAUGAACCCAGAAACUACUGUGAAACCUAAUGGAAAACUUGUCUUCUCACUGAGUCUGAUUAA